AAGAAAAUACCUGCUUGUUCCAGACGUUUCUACUCAGACCUGUUCUUUGAGCCAUUGAGCAGUUUCAUUUUUGAACAGCAAACGGAGAACUGCUCGCAUUGGUGCUGCUGGCUCCAGCUGCGUGUGUGUGUGUUGUAAAAAGGAUGGUGUUUCUCUAGCUGCCACACACAAACAACACAUUUGACCAUGAGGACUCUUCGCAGGUUGAAGUUCAUGAGUUCGCCCAGCCUCAGUGAUCUGGGCAAGAGAGAGCAGGCAGCCUCGGAUGAGCGGGGAACCCAGCAGCGACGGGCCUGCUCCAACGCCACCUGGAACAGUAUCCACAAUGGAGUAAUAGCCGUUUUCCAGAGAAAAGGCCUGGCGGAGCAUGAGCUUUACACCCUCAAUGACGGAGUCCGGCAGCUACUGAAAACUGAGCUGGGAUCCUUCUUUACGGAAUAUUUACAGAACCAGCUUCUUACAAAAGGCAUGGUGAUCCUGAGGGACAAGAUCCGGUUUUAUGAAGGACAGAAACUUUUGGAUACCUUAGCUGAAACCUGGGAUUUCUUUUUUAGUGAUGUCCUACCCAUGCUUCAGGCCAUAUUCUAUCCUGUGCAGGGGAAAGAGCCCUCUGUCCGCCAACUAGCUCUUUUGCACUUCAGGAAUAUUAUAACCCUCAACAUCAAACUGGAAGAUGCUCUGUCCCGUUCCCGAGCAAGGGUUCCUCCUUCAAUUAUUCAGAUGUUGCUUAUCCUUCAGGGUGUUCAUGAAUCAAAAGGAGUAACUGAAGACUACUUGAAACUGGAGUCCCUGAUACAGAAGGUUGUUUCCCCUUACUUGGGUACCUAUGGCUUGUACUCAGAUGAGGGGCCCAUCACUCACUCUUCUUGUAUUUUAGAAAAGCGAUUCUUCCGGCGAUCUAAAUCAGGAGACAUCCUUGCCAAGAACCCUGUCGUGAGAUCCAAAAGUUACAACAACCCCCUGCUGACACCAGUAGCUGAGUAUGAAACGGAGGGCGCAGCCCCAAACAGCUCCGGCAUCCGAAGGCACUCGGUCUCUGAGAUGACUCUGUGCCUGGAGAUGCAGGACUACUCCAAUCUAACAACGAUAAUGGACAGUGGCUCCAAGAAUUCUAUGGCUACCACGAAAAACUCACACUCGGGAGAGCCAGAAAGGCUUUCCACUUGCUCCGCGCAGUGCACUAGCCGCCUCAAGGCGCAUGAGCCGCCAAAAGGACUCUCAUACCCACGGGAUGACAAGAACCUGGCGUUUGAGCUGGCGAGAGACCAAGACUUAAUAGCCAUAGCCCCUACAGCCAGCCCUGAGAAUAUAGUAGACCAGAUUUUGGAGUCAAUAGAGUCUGAUUCCGAUGGAAUUUUCCUUGAGUUUGGCCAAAGCUGCUCCAGUUUGUCAGGGUACAAUGUGGACGUGAACAGACAGAGCGUUCUCUGAAGGA